CAUAUCUAAAAACAAACUCAAUUCCCAGCUUCACACACACUCACAAACCAUGCCACCACCACCAGCAGCACUGCAAUCUUCACUCUGCUUCUCUUCCUACAAACCAUCACCAUCACUCUUAUCCCAAGAACCUCAAAACCUCUCCCCUCCAAAACCCAAAUCCCUCCACAAAAACACCCUCUACUCCACCACACACACCAACCUCUCCCACCAAUUCAAAGAAAAAAUCCUCUGCCUCGAAAUCAUGGGAGUUGACUCAGGCAAAGCACUCUCCCUAAACCCUUCUCUCCACAGAGCUUCUCUCCAUUCCAUCCAAGCCAUAAUCACUUUUCUUCAAUCCAAAGGCAUUCACCAAAAGGACUUAGCAAGAAUCUUUGGAAUGUGCCCCAAGAUUCUCACUUCUGACAUCAAAACUGACUUGAACCCUGUCUUUAACUUCCUCUACCUUGACCUUAAAGUCCCGGAACAUGAUUAUCGAAAAGUCAUCAACAAGUGUCCUAGAUUGCUUGUGUCAAGUGUGAGAGACCAGCUCAAGCCUGCUUUGUUUUAUCUUAAGAGACUUGGGUUUAAGGACUUAAAGGCAUUGGCCUAUCAAGAUGCGAUCUUGCUGGUGUCUAGCGUCGAGCAGACGCUGAUUCCUAAGCUGGAUUAUUUGAUGGGCUUGGGGUUUUCGAGAAGUGAAGUUGUGGGAAUGAUUUUGAGGUGUCCAGGGUUGUUUACUUUUAGUGUGGAGAAUAAUUUUAAGCCCAAGUUUGAGUAUUUUGUGGGUGAGAUGGGAGGUAGCUUGGAGGGCUUGAAGAUGUUUCCUCAGUACUUUGCGUUUAGUUUGGAGAAGAGGAUCAAACCUAGAAACAUGGAGUGUGUUGAAAGGGGAGUGGAAGUUCCGCUGUCAGUGAUGCUCAAGAGUACUGAUGAAGAAUUCAGGGAGUUGAUAAUGGGAACGGAUAAGCAUUGAAAGAUCAGUGUCUCAUUGUCUCUGUAAUUAGUAAGUCGUGUUCUUGUUAACAAUGUAGAUUUGGUAAUUUGUGAUGUAAAUUUCCCUGUUGUAUACACAAGAGGAUUGUUCAAAUGUUUGCAAAGAGUAUAACACUAGCUCUUAAGUCGACCACACUUGAACGACAUUGGUUGGAAAAAAAGGCUUUAUUUACUCCUGUACUUAUCUUUAACUAUGUUGCAAAUGCAAGAUAUGAUAUACAGUUCAAUUUGAUAGCUGGA